CUGCCGGAUAGCAGGUUAUAGAAAGUGCGCUGCAAUGGCAAUCGAGGAUAUUGGCCUGGUGGGCAUCAACGUGCGGAUGUGGCGCCACUUGGCCGUGCUGUACCCCACUCCGGGCUCCAGCUGGCGCAAGUUCGCCUUCGUGCUGCCGGUGACUGCGAUGAAUGUGAUGCAGUUCGUCUACCUGCUGCGGAUGUGGGGCGACCUGCCCGCCUUUAUUCUGAACAUGUUCUUCUUCUCGGCCAUUUUCAACGCCCUGAUGCGCACAUGGCUGGUCAUCAUCAAGCGUGGUCAGUUCGAGGAGUUCCUCGACCAGUUGUCCACACUGUUCCACUCGCUUCUCGACUCCACCGACGAGUGGGGGCGUGGCAUUCUGCGGAGGGCGGAGCGAGAGGCUCGAAAUCUGGCCAUCCUUAAUCUGAGUGCCUCCUUCCUGGACAUUGUGGGGGCUCUGGUCUCUCCGCUUUUCAGGGAGGAGCGAGCUCAUCCCUUCGGCGUUGCACUGCCAGGAGUUAGCAUGACCAGCUCGCCCGUAUACGAGGUCAUCUACUUGGCCCAGCUGCCCACGCCCCUGCUCCUGUCCAUGAUGUACAUGCCCUUCGUCAGCCUCUUCGCCGGCCUGGCCAUCUUCGGAAAGGCCAUGUUGCAGAUCCUGGUGCACAGGCUGGGCCAGAUUGGCGGAGCGGAGCAGCCGGAGGAGGAGCGCCACCACAGACUAACCUCAUGCAUUGCGUACCACACUCAGGUGAUGAGCUAUGUGUGGCAGCUCAACAAACUGGUAGCCAACAUUGUGGCGGUGGAAGCAAUUAUUUUCGGCUCUAUAAUCUGCUCACUGCUCUUCUGCCUGAAUAUUAUAACCUCACCUACUCAGGUGACCUCGAUAGUGAUGUACAUCCUGACCAUGCUGUACGUUCUCUACACCUACUACAAUCGCGCCAAUGAAAUAUGCCUCGAGAACAACCGGGUGGCGGAGGCCGUUUACAAUGUGCCGUGGUAUGAAGCAGGAACUCGCUUUCGGAAAACCCUCCUGAUCUUCUUGAUGCAAACACAACACCCGUUGGAGGUGGGCGGUUGCAUUUCAUUUGCGGAGUCAUUGCGAGACUAUAAGCCAUUUCCAUUCCGGGUGCGGUGCGCUCCAUUUCAUCUUGCAGAUAAGAGUCGGCAACGUUUACCCCAUGACUUUGGCCAUGUUCCAGAGUCUGUUGAAUGCGUCCUACUCCUACUUCACCAUGCUGCGUGGCGUCACCGGCAAAUGAGCUGAAAGACCGAAAAAAGCGGGGUAUACCCUAUACUCCAUACUCCAUACUCCAUCUUCUACUGCUUUUCCCUUUUCACUCGUCCAGCAAUCCGGUUAAUGCAAAAAGUUGUUGCUGGCUGUGGUCCUGGCUGCUUGUUUGGCAUUUGCAUAUGCUUGUCGUUUGAAAGGAUUUAAUCGGACUGCUGGCACGGAGUCGGCAUCCUGGCAUUCAGGCAUCCUUGCUCAUGGCGCCUGGCUCCUGGAUCCCGGCAUGCAAAUAGUUGGCUUCUUAGAUUGUUACACAAAAUAGAUUGUAGAUUGCAGCAGAAUGUUGAGCUUAGAAUAAAGUCAAAUGAAUGUGGAGUAGGUCCAAGGCAUCUA